UGCGCAGUAUUUCUGAUAUAUAAAGAGGAACGAGUAUGUGGAUUCCAUGUCUCAGCCAACAUGAGAGGACCACGCUUGGCUCUGCUGGCCGUCCUGGCGGCGGUGUGCGAGGUGGGGUGCGGCGGCGUGGUGGGCGGCAUCGAGAGGCAGGAGACAGGAUCGCAGUGCGGAGACACACUCUCCCUCGACUUCUCUAGUGGAUGGCCGGAGGUCCAGUGUUCUUCCUCGUGUUCUGAUGUGCACACGUGGGCCGUCGGACCGGUGUUCAGGCGUGAGCCUCGUCUGGAGCAGUAUGGCUUGAUGGUGAGACAGGAGUACGGCGAGGACGGCUCGGUGAUGUGCUCACUCAUCGACGACAUCUCAGACUCUGGUGCCCUACAGUCCUCUCUCCAGGCCGAGGCUUGUUCCUCAGUGACUCCUUUGACCACCACCACCACUGGCACUGGAGGUCCCUCUGGAGUGACAGAUGUCACCACCACCACUGGCACUGGAGGUCCCUCUGGAGUGACAGAUGUCACCACCACCACUGGCACUGGAGGUCCCUCUGGAGUGACAGAUACCACCACCACCACCACUGGCACUGGAGGUCCCUCUGGAGUGACAGAUGUCACCACCACCACCACUGGCACUGGAGGUCCCUCUGGAGUGACAGAUACCACCACCACCACUGGCACUGGAGGUCCCUCUGGAGUGACAGAUGUCACCACCACCACCACCACUGGCAAUGGAGGUCCCUCUGGAGUGACAGAUAUCACCACCACCACUGGCACUGGAGGUCCCUCUGGAGUGACAGAUAUCACCACCACCACUGGCACUGGAGGUCCCUCUGGAGUGACAGAUGUCACCACCACCACUGGCACUGGAGGUCCCUCUGGAGUGACAGAUGUCACCACCACCACUGGCACUGGAGGUCCCUCUGGAGUGACAGAUGUCACCACCACCACCACCACUGGCACUGGAGGUCCCUCUGGAGUGACAGAUAUCACCACCACCACUGGCACUGGAGGUCCCUCUGGAGUGACAGAUAUCACCACCACCACUGGCACUGGAGGUCCCUCUGGAGUGACAGAUACCACCACCACCACCACUGGCACUGGAGGUCCCUCUGGAGUGACAGAUACCACCACCACCACUGGCACUGGAGGUCCCUCUGGAGUGACAGAUAUCACCACCACCACUGGCACUGGAGGUCCCUCUGGAGUGACAGAUACCACCACCACCACUGGCACUGGAGGUCCCUCUGGAGUGACAGAUGUCACCACCACCACCACCACUGGCACUGGAGGUCCCUCUGGAGUGACAGAUGUCACCACCACCACCACCAUUGGCACUGGAGGUCCCUCUGGAGUGACAGAUGUCACCACCACCACUGGCACUGGAGGUCCCUCUGGAGUGACAGAUGUCACCACCACCACUGGCACUGGAGGUCCCUCUGGAGUGACAGAUGUCACCACCACCACCACCACUGGCACUGGAGGUCCCUCUGGAGUGACAGAUAUCACCACCACCACUGGCACUGGAGGUCCCUCUGGAGUGACAGAUGUCACCACCACCACCACCACUGGCACUGGAGGUCCCUCUGGAGUGACAGAUGUCACCACCACCACCACCAUUGGCACUGGAGGUCCCUCUGGAGUGACAGAGACAGAAGAAACAACCACUCCUACCACUACUGUAACCGUUCCAGAUUGUGCAGAUAAUAUGGACACCACCGAAUCUGUCAGUGACGAAGAACAGGCUUUCCAUACCACCAAACAACCCUCUACUGUAACAACCAUAGCCACUACAACUCCCCCUGUAACAACCACACCCACCACACCCCCCACCACAACUACCACCCCUCGCCCAACCCGGGUAUGGUACGAGUGUCCCAGUGGCUUUGUGCUCUAUGACAAUUCCUGCUACCACGUGUCCGAAAGAGAAGGCUCGUGGGAGGACGGAAGAAAUUACUGUUCAUCCAAGGGCAGCAAGUAUGUCAGCAUUACUAGUAACAAUGAGUUUGAUUUCGUAAAAGGUCUUGUGAGCAAGGACACGUGGAUUGGCCUCAACGACAAGAAAAACGAAGGAACAUAUGUCUGGGAUUCCGACGGAAGUGUUGCCAGAUUCCUAAAGUUUGCUUCUGGUGAACCAAAUGACCAAGACUGGCAUAAUAUGUACGUUGAGGACUGCGUCGAGAUGCGCGAAAAUAAAGAUUUCCUGUGGAACGACGAGAGUUGCGACUCUUCGAGAAGGUUUGCUUGUGAAGUGAGCGCAACCAUGCACCAAGGAUAAGCCAGUUUGGGCACCACUCGAGGUACCCGUCGACGUGGCAUAGAAAGAAAAAUAGAAUGGAUAUUCUGAUAUGAAAAGACCAGGUGUGAACAACAGGAAGGGAAACACCAAGGUGCAACACUUCGAGGUCCUUAGAUUGUCAACACUGUACAAAAGGAAAAUUGACAUGAAAACGAAAAAUAGAAGCAGACCAGGAUCAGAAGAAUGUGAAACAGUUCUUGAGGUGAUGGGGUUUUGCUUUUUCUUCGGCAUCACCACAACUUCAUUGACAUUAAAAUAAAAAAAUAAAAAAAACGUGAUAAA